AUGGAAAUUGAUACUUUGUCUGUUAUUUUAUUAAUUUUAAUUAUAUUUUUUACAUUUCUUUCAAUUAAUGAUGCUCCAAGUCCCGACGUACAUCCUUUAUUAUUAACUUCGCAGUCUGAAUGCGCUAAAGUUCGAAACCCUGGAGAAACUGCUAUUUACAGAGCAAAUAAUUCUGCUCAUGGAAUGCCUUUAUUGACAAGCCCUGAUAAAAGUAUAAAAAUUAUUGCCGAUUUAUUCGAGAAUGGAAAAAAAAUUGGAACAGAAUGCCUUGGUUUCAAAGGUGCUAAUGGUUUUAUUUGGGAAUCAUAUCAGAAAAUUGCCGAAAGGGUUGCAAAUUUUGGAACAGGAUUGAUAAAAUCAACGGAUUUGGCGCCCAAGUCAUUAAAUAUGUUUGGAAUUUUUAUGAAUAGUUGUCCAGAGUGGGUGAUUGCAGAUUUGGUUGCUAGUUAUUAUAGUUUAAUUACAGUAUCUAUUCCAAACAUUCCUCCACGUUUAAAUGAUGUCAUAAAUCAAAUCAAUCUUACUCAAAUCGGAGUAGUUAUCGUAUCCAAGGAUACACUUCCAAUGAUUAUAAGUGCUGCACAAUCUUGUGCAUCAUUGAAAUAUGUCAUAUUAAACGAGCCUUCAAUUUCUCUUGAUCAAAAUGAAAAAGCUAAAGCAAUUGGUUUAACUUUAAAAACAUUUAAGGAAAUCGAAGAAUUAGGUUCUCAAUCUAAACUAGAUUUUGUUUUUGCUGAGCCGGAAGAUACAGCGACAAUUGUUUUUUCAAGUGGCACUACAUCAGGGGAACCGAGUGGAAUUGAAUUGACACAAGCCAAUCUCGUUGCAGAUGUUGCUGGAUUGCUUUCAACACUUCCAAAUGCUCAAAAAGUCACUCCUGCUGAUAGACAUUUGUCAUAUUUGCCGCUUGCUCAUAUGCUAGAAAGAAUUACAGUUAUUGCCCUUUUGUAUUCCGGAGCAUCAAUUGCUUUUUAUAGUGGAAAUUUAUCGACUGUAUUAAAAGAAGCCGAAGAAAUUAAACCUACGAUCUUCACCAGAAAAGGAAAGUUAGUUACAAAUUCAAUUUGGGAUAUGUUGAUAUUUAAUAAGAUCAAAGCAAAAUUUGGAGGAAAACUUCGUGUCAUUGUCACCGGAUCUGGACCAAUUUCUCAAACUACUCUUAAUUUCCUUCGUAUCGCUGUUGGUUGUCAAGUUAUUCAAGCUUAUGGCCUUACUCAAUGUAGUGGUGCUGUGACAGUUAAUUCGUUUUUCGAUUACCAACCAGCUGAUCAAAGAGAGCAUGAAUCACACACUGGAGGACCAAUUUCAUGUAAUGAAAUCAAAUUGGUGAAUUAUGAAGAGAAGGGUUACACUGUCGAAGACAAACCUAAUCCUAGGGGCGAAAUAUGUGUAAGAGGGCCAAAUGUCAUGAAAGGAUAUUAUAAACGUCCUGAACAAACAGCUCAAGCGAUUGAUGCCGAUGGAUGGCUUCGUACUGGCGAUAUUGGUAUGGUCUUACCAAAUGGAACUCUAAAAAUCAUUGAUAGAAAAUUGCCAAUUAAACGACAAAAACCGGUGGAAGAGUUUUGA